AUGGCACUGGCGGAGAAGGAGAUGGUACCAAAGUUUAUGAUGCAGCGGAGAAGUGAGAAGCAACAGAACAGGGUGAAAUGUUCAGGAGAUGAGCCAACACCAGAUGAUCUGCAAGAAGAGGAUGAUGAUGUUGAACAAGAGCCAUGGUUGUGGAUAGGAGUGUGCAUAGGAUUCUCUCUAGGCUUCAUUUCAUCAGUAUUAACAGCCUUUCUUAUUGGUUAUAUACAAGGCGAAAUCCCUGGAAACGGUUUGGCUAAUCUCACAAAACUAGUUCAUUUUGAUAUGAGUCGCAAUUACUUUAAUGGUUCGAUUCCACCACAACUUUUUCACUUGAGGUUUCUGCAGUUUCUUGAUUUAAGUGAAAAUUUAUUAAAGGGUGGUUUAAGUGGUGAAAUUGGCAAGCUUGGAAAUCUGAAGACACUGAUGUUGGAUCACAAUUUUCUUGAUGGAAAUCUUCCUGUACAGAUUGGAAAUCUAACAAAAUUGAGGCAGUUUUCUGUCAGUCAAAACAAAUUUUCGGGUCCUAUUCCAGAUUCAAUUUUGAAUUUGAAGGGACUGGAAUUAUUGGAUUUGAGGAAUAAUUAUUUGGAACUGCAGAUUCCAAGUAAGAUUGGAAGCUUGUCCAACAUUUCCACUUUGGCGUUGAGUAAGAAUAGUUUCACAGGAUUAAUCCCGCCAUCGAUACGAAACUUGAGCAGAUUGGAAACACUUCAGCUGGAAGAUAAUAUGCUUUCUGGAGAUAUUCCUUCCUGGUUAUUUGAUAUGGAGAGUAUGAAGAAUUUGUAUCUAGGAGGAAUCAUACUGAAUUGGAAUAACCUCAAGCUAGUUCCCAACUAUAUGUUUUCACAUCUCUCUCUCAGAUCAUGUUUAAUUUCUGGAAACAUUCCUGAAUGGAUUUCCACUCAAAAGAAUCUUGAUAUUCUGAACUUGAGCGACAAUCAACUCACUGGAAAAUUCCCCCUUUGGCUUGCUGAGAUGGAAAUUGGAAGUAUAUUAUUGUCACGUAACAAGCUUAGUGGUAAAAUUCCAUCUCGCCUUUUCCAAUCUACAAGUUUAUCAAUUUUGAUUCUUUCGAGAAAUAAUUUUUCAGGGGAGUUGCCAGAAAAUGUAGGUGAUGCUAAUAAGAUCCGGGUACUGAUGCUCUCGGGAAACAAUUUUUCGGGGGCCAUCCCAAAAUCAGUUGGAGAUAUGCCUCUGUUAAUGAUAUUGGACUUGUCAAGAAACAGAUUCUCUGGAAACACCGACACAUUCCCAGUUUUUGAUCCUGAAUGUUCAUUAUAUUAUGCUGAUUUUUCCUCUAAUGAACUAUCAGGUAAUUUCCCCCAGUCAUUUUGUGCACAGAUGACUAUUCUUGCACUAGGGGAAAAUAAGUUCUCUGGCAAUUUGCUUAAGAAUCUCACAAAUAUGAAUCAACUUCAGUAUCUUGAUCUCCAUAACAACAACAUUACCGUUGAGUUAUCAGAAUUUAUUUCCCAACUAUCCUAUCUUCAAGUUUUGAGUCUACGCAACAACUGUGUGCAUGGCUCGCUGUCAUCUAACUCUUUUUACAACCAAAGUAGCCUCCGAAUUCUUGAUCUCUCAAGUAACAAUCUCGAUGGAAGUAUCCCUUCCGAGUUGGGAAAUCUAGUAGAAAUGACUGACAUCGGUUCUUUCUCUCUAAUAAGUAUGCGUAUCGAUGAAAUAGAGGUAAACUGGAUUGAGUCUACAGUUACAUUACUAACUGGCAUGUUUACCUCUGUAAUUGAGAUGAAUGACUUGACAGUAAACUGGAAAAAAGCUGAACAAGGUAUCUCAAGUCGUAGCCAUCAUAUCUAUUCUUUCCUGGACUUGUCAAGCAAUAAGCUGUCAGGUGACAUUCCAUUUUCAUGUGGGAUGCAAAUCAGGGUGAAAUGUUCGAAAGAUGAGCCAACACCAGAUGAUGCACAAGAAGAUAAUGAUGGUGAUGGUAAACAAGCGCCAUAG